CACCACGGAAGCUGGAGUCUGCAAACUCAUCACCACUCAUCUUACAACAUCAAGUCGCCCACUCUCUCAACUCACCGAUCCGUUGCCCGCCCUUUCCAUUCGCAGCUUCUCGUCACCGACCCAAUAUCCAAAAUCAAAAUGGGCAAAGACAAGAAAGCCUCCGGUUCCGGCUCUGGCAGCAAAGGCGGCAAGGACGCAGGCAAAGAUGCGGGCAAGGACGCCGGCAAGGCCAGCAAGGGUGCUCAGUCGAUUAACGUUCGGCAUAUUCUGUGUGAGAAACAUGGCAAGAAGGAAGAAGCGCUGGCUAAGAUCCGCGAUGGAGCGGAUUUUGGUGCUGUUGCUAGGGAGUACAGUGAGGAUAAGGCGAGGACUGGCGGAAGUUUGGGUUGGAAGCAAAAGGGCACCUUGGAUCCCGAGUUUGAAAAGAUUGCGUUUGCUUUGGAGACCAGCAGCACCAGUAGCCCCAAGAUUGGUGAGGUCAAGACACAAUUUGGCUACCACAUCAUCAUGGUAGAGGGUAAGAAAUGAUAUCAAAAUGCAUACUACGACCUUUGGGUGUUAGUCCCCUUUUCCAUUGCCCAUUUGGAGAACACGUCCCUUGCUCUUCCCAUGGGCUUGUGACGCCGUUG